AAUAAAAUAGACAGAAAAUUAUAGAAUCGCCCUCCACAUCUCACCCCUCGUGAAUGUUAACUAUUCUGUAGAAUCCAAGGUGCUAAAAUGACUUCAAAUUCAGAGUGGGGGGAGAAAACUUCCGGGUUGGAGGUCGCUAGGGCUUACGCUCAACAUAUUGAAGGUCGAAACGUCCUGAUUACAGGCGUAGCACCAGUAGGUGUUGGUGAAGGAACCGCAGUCGCCUUCGCAUCCCAGAAACCUGCGACCCUCAUUCUAGUGUCAAGGACGAAAGAAAAGCUCGAUAGCGUAGCAUCACAGAUCCAUAAAUUAUAUCCAGAGGUCAAUGUGAGGGUUGUCACGAUAGAUUUGGCCUCUCAGGCCUCAAUUCGCAAAGCCGCUGCUGAAGUUUCCGGUAUAAUCUCGAGGUUAGAUAUACUAGUGAACAAUGCUGGUGCUACUUACAACUCUCGUCGUUGGACGGCCGAGGGGAUCGAAAUACAGUUUGGCGCAAACCAUAUCGGUCCAUUCUUGUUCACGAAGCUCAUUUACCCUCUCUUGAAAGAAGCAGCUCGACACUCACCCGCCGGAGCAACUCGAAUAGUUAACGUGUCUAGUCACGGACAUCGACUAUCUCCCAUCCGAUUCCACGACUACAAUAUUGAAAAUAAAGAGGUUCCGGACGAGGAGAAGCCUUUCUCUCCUCUUCCGCCUGCCUUUGGAAGGAUCCAAGACGAUGGAUACAUGCCUACUAUUGCGUACGCCCAGAGUAAAACAGCCAACAUAUUAUUCACACUUUACCUUCAAGAUCAUUUGGAAAACGGGAUCACGUCGUACGCUGUACACCCAGGAGGUGUGGAGAGUCAACUUGGCCGAGAACAUGACGACGAGAUGGCCGAUACUAUUGCGAAGACGUCAUCAUUUUGGAAGAACUGCGACCAAGGCGCGUCAACGACGCUUGUAGCAGCAUUAGACCCGGCGUUGAACACUCCCGGCGGCCUCUACUUGUCCGACUGUCAAUUCUUCCCCUGUGCGGACUUUGCUAGGGAUCCCACCGCAGCCGAGCGUCUUUGGAACUUGAGCGAAGAUCUAAUCAAGGAGAAGUUUAUUCUCGAGUAAAUGUCGCAUCGCUAAAGGACGAUCCGUCUGAAGAUAGAUUGGUACGUACAUAUCGAAGUGGCAAACAACAUGUGUUAUAGACGUCAUUUAGCAAGAUAAUUAUGAGCGCGUCUAUCUACAUUGCGAUGUUCUCGUGUUCUAGCCUCCUAGGCAAGUAUAUUUAUAGGUCAGAUCUCCCAAAAAGAAAUCUGGUAUACCAGCUCGUUCCGAGAUACGAUUUCUAUUUUCAGCUUAGCCAUGAGGAAAUAUUGAUUAACGAAAAAAACGGGAACACGUCUAUCGGAAAACUGAAAUGACACCAGAAGGCUCCGGC